AUUUUACUCUCAUCAUCAUCUCCAACUCCAAAUCCAAAUUAGUACCAUGAGUAAUUUCUUCGAAUUCCCUCUCUUCUACCACCACCAGCAAAACGAUCACAGUCACGAUCAAAAGACGAUCCAAUGUUUGCCUCUUCUUAGCAGGUUUACGGAGAAGGAGGUGAAGGAAGAGGAAGACGACUGCAGACUGAAUGAGAAUGCCGCGGUGGCGCUCCACAUAGGGCUGCCUGAUAUAGGAGAAAUUGAUGGAGAUCAGAGAAACCGCUAUGGUUUCAAGGAAGAUGACAACGAAGAAGAAGAUGAGUAUUCUGUGAAGAACAAGUCUUGUAAUGGAAGUUUGAAUGGUGAGGGGAGAUUUUGGAUUCCAACUCCAGCACAGAUUCUUGUUGGUCCCAUGCAGUUUUCUUGCAGUAUAUGCAACAAGACCUUCAAUAGAUACAAUAACAUGCAGAUGCACAUGUGGGGCCACGGGUCGGAGUUUCGGAGGGGCCCGGAGUCCCUGCGCGGGGCGCAGCCGGCGGCAAUGCUGCGGCUGCCGUGCUACUGCUGCGCGGCGGGGUGCAAGAACAACGUGAACCACCCGCGCGCGAGGCCGCUGAAGGACUUCCGCACGCUGCAGACGCACUACAAGCGGAAGCACGGGGCCAAGCCGUUUUCGUGCAGGAAGUCGUGCGGGAAGUCGUUCGCGGUGAAGGGGGACUGGCGCACGCACGAGAAGAACUGCGGGAAGCUCUGGUACUGCACGUGCGGCUCCGACUUCAAGCACAAGAGGUCCCUCAAGGACCACAUUAGGUCCUUCGGGAAGGGCCACGCGCCCCACCCUUCCCUCGAAGGCUUCACAUGCUCCGAGGACGACACCGCCUAGAGAUACGAUGCAUGCCUGUUGUGCUGUUAUCGUGUCGUGUCGUAGGUGUGAGUGCUCAGCAGCAAAAAAUUCUCGAAAUGAGGGGAACGGUUUGCUGCUGAGCAUUCACACCUAUUUUAGUGUUUGUUAUAUAUGUUCAAAUAAGGAUCGGAAGACUUGUACAAGUUGUGAAGUUGAUGAAUUUUUUUCUUGCUAAUUAUGAGAGGAAAUUUGCCAGCUUCAAACUCUGUUGAUGUUCUAACUUUGCCUUUUUUUUUCUUUUCUUUUUUUUUUUGUAUUUCGUGGUUCGCACUUGUUUAUUUAUCGAGAAUUUGAUCCGGUGCAAAAUUAUUUCUACUGAUCUUUAUGAUAUGGUUAUCUAUA